CGAAUUUCAAAAAGCUCGAUCUGAUCGAUAAUUACCCUAGAAAUAAUGACUCAAUCUUUCCAACAAGGUAGAAGUUAUUUCGAAAAGCUAGACAAGCAUGCUAGAUCGUGAUCUAUUACGACGUGCUGUUUGGAUGUGACUCACUGAUCAGAAGUGGAAUUGCCUGACCUACAUGAACUAGCGAAAUUAGGGCGAAGGUCGCCACCACACGGACGACCCAGGAGGAAGUGUCAAGCUACUCAAGGUCCGUCGGGAGCGGCGCUCCGUAUGUUGAAGAAUUGGUGCGCAGGAUUCAUACGGAAGAAAUUGAAACCUUUCAUUUUUUGAGUGGAUAACCAAGGAAGCCUGAACUGCGAUGGGCUGCCGGUUGCCAGCUCUCGUCCAAAAUGGUAGAGCAUGGUGGAGGCACACACACCAGAACAUCACGGCUCCUUCUCGUCCUUCUUCUGCAGUGCUGCACCGGAGCAUCAGCUCAGCAGGGAUCGAGCGCCCUGCAGGGGAGCAGCUCAAAAGGAAAGGCAAAACUCCAGAGAUUAAGCGUUUGGACUAGAUGAAGUCGUGAGUACAUUGCAGUAGUUUGCAGCUAUCUAUUUUCCCGAUUGUCCACGGUGACGUGAAAUUUCAGACUUGUCUGGGCCCACCACAGCUGGCGCGCCGGCCCUUGUGAAAUCGAAUCUUUUUUCUGGUGCAACGCGUUGCGCAGUGACAUCGAGAAAUCGUAGUAGAAAUAGGCAAACUCGCCCACCUAUGAUUCUUAUUCGGAUUUUUUGCUUAUAGUCACGGAAGUGCUCCACCUCCUACCGAUUUGAUUUAUCUACCUCCGAUUUGAUAUUUGUGAGCAAAUUCUAAUUUACUUGAAAUGACUUGAAAUUUUGCCGCGGUGGAAGGUAGAUAUUGGUUGCAAUCGCUAUGCUUCUAACGAAUGCAGCCUCUCACAAAGCUGUACCGGCAGGGCACGGAUUCUAGCGCAAAGGAUCCGAUCAUCUCUACAGCGUGACUCUGUUAUGGUUGUUUCUCAAGUACCUCUUGCGUAAGUUUCUGUCGCCAAUGUUCUUUGACUAUGUCCUCGUGCAUCCUUCUUACUAAAAAGUUACUGCGAAUGUAAGAUGAGCCAUGAACUAAUGAGGCGUCAGUCCGUCGGAUUGUCUCCGCUCGAGAGGGUGUGGGAUCCAAUCUUGAGAUGCGUCAUUCGAUGUCUUCAUAAUUUGCUACAUGAUGACUCUGAAUUUGACGUAGUAGUAGAUCUUCUGACCAGACUCAGGGAGUGUACAAGAUGCAAGAUGAACUAGGAGCAGAUGAGAACUUCUCAUCCCUUUCGAUGUGUACCUUUCAGUGAGUGUGUCAAUUCUGGCGCCAUGCAAUGAAUUCAGGCUUCUAUCUUACAAAUGUAAGUACUACAAGAUGAUAUUUCUCGUUAUUGGCUUUAACGUUAAAUUUUUGUCAGUAGCGGCAUUGCGAAGCGGAGACUUCCUGCACUUUCAGGAACAAGCGAGAGCCCUGCUGGCCGAGCGGCAUGGGCCUUCGACCGAGGAGGACUUGGAGUUGGUUGACCUGUACUAUUGGUUGUGCAAGUCACUGGUCGGAUCGGCUGGUAGUUUGGAUGACGACGUACUGCUUUUAAGGACUUUCUUUCAAUCAUAUUCACCAGUUUUUCACGCGGGAAAGUUCAGUAGAGGAUGCAAUAUAUAGCUGGAUAAAAUGAUGCAAUUCGCUAAUGCUAGGCUUCAGUCGCGUUCUCCAGGCGCUUGCGAGGGAGCUGGUGCCUGCAGAGUUGCGGAGUAUUCGCGGCGAAGGAUAUGGUGGCCGAGAGACGAAGAAAGCUUUCUUGUUGGCCGACGGCGCAUGCAGGAUGAAGACUUUGGACGGCAAGCCAACGAUCCUGCGACCCAAGCUCGUGUCGCAAUUGCUCCGGUGCUUCAUCCUGACGCAUAAUCAAAAGGUAGGGCUCGCUUUUCGUCAUUCUCCUUUGUGGAGCAGGAGUAUCCUAUCCAAACUCGCCUCAAACUUUGCAAGGGGAACACUGAAUAGGAACGUACGUGGGCACAGAAAUGAAAAGCGCUCAGAAUCUUGAUUACUCGCGGUUCGGAGGCUACUUGACUACUGGUAAGAGUACUACUACUGCUGUAACGAAAAACUACAUCUAAAAAGUCAGCUAGAAAUGCGGCUUCCUGUGGCGGUGGAGGUCGAGGGGAUUGCGCAGGAGGUGUUCGAGAAUGUUGGGCUUUGGAUACGGC